AUGGCCCAAUACUAUCAACAACAACCUUACGGGGGCCAGACCUCCGCUCAGAACCUUCAGUUUUACCCUUCCUCAUAUUCUGUCUCCGGCCAUACGACGCCGUCGCAAGCUUCAUACGGCGGUUAUUCUAACCAGGCACAAGCAUACCCCGCCGGAGGGGGAGGCGCAGGCUAUGGCGGGUUUGGAAGUUCUGGUCCGGGCGUGACUGGGAGGAUGGGAGAGCAGGGCGGUUUGAAGACAGGAUGGUUGGCUGCUUUUGGAACGGAAGGAUAUGAAGGGGAGCCGCCGUUGCUAGAAGAAUUGGGGGUGAAUUUCGAGCAUAUCAGAACCAAGACUUUGACGGUUUUGAACCCUUUCGCGCAGAUCGAUCAGCAUCUUAUGGAUGACAGUGACCUCUACGGCGCCAUCCUCUAUAUUCUCCUGUACGGCACCUUCCUCCUGCUCUCAGGCAAGGUCUUCUAUGGGUACAUCUACGGCGUUGCCGUCUUCGGCACGCUGGCGCUUCAUGUCAUCCUCAGUCUCAUGUCUCCAACUCUGGAGCCGGGAGCAGCGUCACCCAUUCCCAACGCCGCCGAUCCGAACAAUUACGACCCUCACAACAAACCGCCCACUUCUUCAUCCGGAGGCGGCUCGGCCGGCCACUUCUCCUCAACCUUGACUUUUCCUCGGUCCGCCAGCGUCCUGGGAUAUUGCUUCCUUCCGCUCGUUUUGACCAGUUUGGUCGGGAUCUUGAUCCCCAUGGACACCAUGUUUGGCUAUCUUCUGACGACGGCAGCCGUCGGAUGGUGCACGUACAGCAGCUCGGGCAUGUUCUGUGCGGUCGGAAGGAUGCGCGGGAUGAGGGGGCUUGUCGCGUACCCGUUGGCGUUGUUUUAUGUCGUGUUUGGCAUCAUGGGCAUUUUUUCGUCUAGGGGCAGUGGCACGUUGGCCGCGAAGACGGGUUCUACAUAA